CCUGAAAGUGCAUCUACAGUAUUUUAUUAACCCACAUUGAUCUGUCUGUAUACAGCUGGACAGAGACAAAGAGAGAGAGAGAGAGAAAUCUUGGUGUAAACAUUUCACUGCAGUUCUGUGUUAUUCACCCAGUUUGAACCAAAGGAAAAUCAGGUAACGUAGAAGAAGUGAUCAUGGCUGCAGUGUGUGGACACCUGUGGGUGGCACUCUGGCUUUGUCUUAUUGGCCAUAUAGCAACUUUCGAGUUGGAAGAGCAGGACUGGGAGUAUCUGGGGUCUGAUGUGGUCUCACUGCACAGACUGAAGGGACUAGCUCAUCGCUUCCAACACCAAACUGUAAAGGUUCAGCAUGAUCACAGGUUGCGGACUCCAAGGGAUUCACCUGGCCAUUAUGAAAACUUCAAGGCAAUCAAUGAAUGGAAUAAAGGGACAAUCAAGUAUUCUAAAACAACCAACCAUUCCAGCCUUGAAUGGAACAGCAUGGCUAAAGCUAUAUUUGCAGAUCUUAAAAAUUGCCUGGAUAUUGCCAAGUGCAUAUUACAGAAGCAACAGGAACUGAACAUGUUUCUGGAGACGAUUGAGAAGAAAAAAACUCAUGAACCAUUACUUGUUGCAUCUGAAGUAUUAUACAGUUACACGAAUAAAGUCAUCCUCAUUAUGGAUAAUGACCCUGAGACCCUUAGGAAAGCUGAUGAUGAAUACAGUGAAGACCCUUACUAUUCGAUCAGGGCUGAUAUGACCUGUUUGUACUCUGACUUAUGUUUAUCAAUGGUUACUACUGGCACGGUUUUAAGGAUAAUUGGCAGCAACUCAGAAGAUGGAAACACACUAUCUGGCUACACUGGAAAUUCUCUGGCAUCUUUGAUGACAAAACUUCAAAAAGCUUCACUUUACUCCGUCACUGGAAGCGUCAGCAGUACAUUUAGAAAUAACUUCUUAAGGGGUUUAACAGACAUACUUAACAGCAAUGUUGUCUUGGAAACCACCAUCCAGAAUGAGCAUGUCUACCAAAUUCUGGAUGACACUGGUGCCACUGUUGAAUAUAAGGUCCCAAAAAGACCUGUGGACCAAACCACCCAGUAUGACACACAACAUAUUCUCAUCAUGCAGGAUGAUCCUGUUGUUCGAGAUGCUGCCAGAUGUCUGUAUGAAAAACAUCCAACAGUAAGUUCUGUGUACAUACUGGAGAAUGAGAGACCCAAACUAAUCAAAGGAGACCCUGUACCACUUACUGAAAAAAGCCGGCUGGUGCUUGUAGGUCACGGAAGAAGAAACACUGAUGGAAAAAUGGAACUAGCAGGCUAUAAUGCUGAGAAGGUGGCAGACAUCAUUGGACACGUGAACUUAGAAGGAAACCAGAUCAAAACUACCAGUGUGGUGGCCUGUGAAGUUGGGUCAGAUGAAACCUUCAGAAACACUCUAAUCAAGGAGCUUCAUGCCAGAUCCAUAGAAACAGAACUUCACCUGAGGAAUUCUUUGCUCCAUGUCUCCCACUCUGCACAGAAAUACACUGGAGAAAUUACACCAAAUGGACUGGUCUGGAAACACAAUGAUGACAGUAAGAAAACAGUAGUAAAGAUGGACAGAAAUGGUGACGUUGUCACUCAAAUUAAGACUAGAAACCAUGCAGAAGUUGUUUUUUUGAAUGAAAGGGACAUUUUGGGGGAAACUUUUAUAGAUUCCUGGCCAGAAGUGCCAAAUAAAUUUGUAUCUAUGGACUUACGUGAAGUCAACACUGAUGCACUUGAAGGUUUAACUUGGGCUUUUUUCAAACAUCGGAAAAAUUCUGAAAAGGAAUUGGUGAAAAAAAUGAAUCCAGAUCGGGAAAAUAAUGAUGAUUACACAAUAAUGAAAUUAGAUUUGAACAGUCGGUCCCAAAAUACAAAUGGUCAUACAUGGUAUACUCCUGAAAAUAUUGAUAAUUUUUUUGAAAAGUUAUAUGAAAUAAAAUCUGGUGAAGACAUCCUGAAUUUGAUUACACACUAUGCAGCUGUUGGGGAAGAAGAACCCACAUAUUUAAUGCUAAAUGACUGGAUUUAUAAAAUCUCAGAAAAGAAUCUGUAUAUAUUUCCAGUUGGAAAAAGGCUUCUUGAGGGAGAGGAAACAGUAAAUUAUAUUCAGGAGAUUAUUAUAGGGCAGAUUGGUAAACACAACUAUCCUGACAUUCAUAAAGGAAUAAAAAAUUGUUUAGGAAAUGAACAUGAAUAUGCAAUAUAUGCCAAAGCAUCUUUACAAGGUGCAUAUAAAAGAUCUAAUUUUAAUCCACCUUUGAGUCUUGAAAAAGAAGCAUGGUAUAGCACACUGUUCUUGGCUUUAGUGAUUCCUGAGUCUGCAAGAAAUUUCAGAUCAUUUCCCAUCACACUGAUGGCUAUGGACAUAGCUCAAAGCCAAAACACUGAAACAGCAAAGGAAGGUCUUUCUUUUUUAUGGAAACAUCCGAUGCAGGGUAGUGGAACCUGGACAAACUCACAACAACGGGGAUUUUUUGGGUCAAGCAUGGAGUUGAUUGUGGAUAAUAAUUCUGUAAGAAAUGAAAAGAAAAAAAUACAAUUUAAAAAUAAAAAAUUAAAAGAGCUAAUACAGAAAGAGAAUGCAAUUGUAAUGCGAUGGCUAAAAACCUUUGGAAAUGAUCAUACACAAAUUGAUACAGAAAACUUAAAAAGCAUUCUAAGGUUGGUGUAUGGUCAGGACUACUUGAAUACACAGAAGUCCUUAAUAGAGAAUUUUGAGAACUCCUAUAAAUAUUUUAUGAAAGAAAUACAGUCUCCUCCCCUGACCCCUGGAUAUUUAGGAGGAUCAUAUGAUGGGGCAGCUAAACUACAGGAUGUGCAUUCAACUGCUGAUGUGGAGAGUUCAUUAAAACUUUCUUCAUAUUACUCCAGAUCAUCUGUCAUACUUGCAGAACACAUUCAAAGUGAACUGCAGAGAACAUUUGGUGAGAAGGUGCAGGAGCUUCAUGUGAAAUCUGACAGUGUCAUGAUUCAGGAUGGAGAAUUCCACUGUGAGCUGGUAUUUGGUGAAAAAACAGAUGAAAGUACAAAGUGGAAGCUGCAAUUGCCAGAAGAAAGUAAAAUUCAAAUGAAAAAAAUGUGGAAAAGCAUGAAGAAGGUUUCUGAUACGACUACACCACACACAGUGUCUGGUCAUUUAGAGAGAGCAGGAAUGGCACUAGGAAUUUUAGGACUGAUGUUGGGGUCACAGGGAGCGGCCCAUGCAUUUGAACAGGGAGACACAAAAACAGGAAUCAUAACCAGUCUACAGACAUUCAAUGGAGUCACAGGAAUGACACUGGCAGCAGUUGGAAAAAAGGUUUCUGUUUCUGCAGAAAACAAAGUAGUACAGGCCGUAUCAAAGGUUUUAAAAACCCCUGUAGCUAAACGAGCCCUUGCAGCCUUUCCUAUUGUUGGAAUUGGAUUUGGUAUUUACAACAUUGAAGAGGACCUCAAAAGAGGUGAUGCACUGGGUGUGAUUGAUGCUACUUUUGACACUUUAAUGGUUGGAUUGGAUGUUGUAGAAAUUGCACAACCAGAACUAACACCUAUCAUUAUACCAUUAAACCUUGCACUAAAUGGAAUUCGCUUGGUUUUUGAUGACUUCUACCUCGACACCCAGGCUGAGUUAAAUAAGCUUCCAUCAGGUGCUUCAGUUCUUGACAAGAUUGGAGCAUUUGUCACAGGUCUAGAAAAAGGCAUUUUUCACUUUAUGUGUGCUGUAGAAAGUUUUUUUGUCACCAUUCCUUAUCGUGAGAUUGAGAAUGGGUAUAGGCUUGUAGAAGAAAUUUCUGAUUACCAUAAAUAUUAUUCCCAAAGAGAAGUAGAGGCUGGGAGAAAAGCCAUUGAUUUUACAGCAGGUGAUAGUUCCUGGAAUGGGGGUAGCAUCACAUUUUGUCUUUCUGAUGACAGAUAUUCAGAAAUGUGUAUGUAUUAUUUUGUGUCUGCUGAUGAACAACCUCAGAAAAAGUGCUGGUGUAUUGACACUAAUGAGACAAAUGACAUAGUUUUGGGUAUUGGGGAGUCACACCAAUUAGCACACAGCACUGUACAAAUAAAGAUCUUUCUGUUUAUACCAGUUGGAUCAGUAAGUGUAGUGUCUGGUUAUGAAGCUCUGACCAAUUCCAGAUAUGGAAAAUACAGUGGAAAUUCUAAAAAAAACAAUUUUUUUGCUGUUCAGACAAAUAAGAACAAUGAUAAAAUGGAAUUUAUGCUAGGCUAUUACUAUGAGCUUUAUGGGAAAGCAGGUGCUGACACAUUCUACUUAGGACCUCAGACAAGCUAUGUGGAAGGGCAAGGUGACAACGACAUUUACAUUAUUCCAAAAGAUGGAGGCAACACGGUCAUUAACAACUAUGAUCCUCACAAAGCAGCAGAUCAGCUCAUUCUCGGCAUAAACUAUGAUCAAAUAUCAGUGACCAGAUCUGGAAAUGAUGUUGUUUUACAAUUUACUAAUGACCAUUGUGUAAGGAUAAAAGAAUGGUUUACUAGUGAGACAUACCGUCAUAUAAACAUGAUGUCAGCAGAUGGAAUACUGUUUGAUAUUUCUACAGCUGUAAUUUCCUCUGUGAAGCUUGUUGCCAGAGGAGUGAACAUGAUGUCAAAGCCUGCAGGCCAGAAAGUGGACACAACUGAGCCCCUUCUUCUCAGUGUAAUAAACAUCAUUGGGUCUCCUUAUAAUGAUCGCCUGAUAGGAAAUGCACAGAAAAAUAUGAUUAAUGGAGGAGGAGGCCAGGACUAUAUGAAGGGCGGAGAGGAAGAGGAUGUUUAUGUUGUGAAUGAGAAGGAAAAUUCUAGCGUGCACAUUGAAAACUAUUCCAGGGAUAAAAAAAUGGACAUAACAAUAAUAGAGGCAAAUCUCCAUGCCAUUAAAACUGAAGUACAAGGAAACAAUUUAAUACUGAUACCAUUUAGUGAUGACAGUCCUAUUGUGCUGAUAAACUGGUUCCGUUCAGAAGAAGAUAGACACUUGCUUGUUGUCACAAAAGAUUUAAUCACUUUUAGUCUAUCUGCAGACAGAACUUUCUGCAGUCAGUCAGAUCCAAUCCACAGUAAGUGUAUCUUGAGCCAAAGCAUAGAUUACAGUGAGUCCACACUUCCUUUGGUGAUCGACCUAGAAACAGACAAGGCUUAUCUAAAUGUUACUUAUUUGCAUGGCUCAAUUCUAAAUGAUGAUAUUAAAGCUAAUGCACAAGAGAACACGAUAAUUCCAGGAAAUGGUACAGAUUUUCUCCAGGGCCGUGGAGGACAGGACUUGUAUGUUGUGACACCAGGUUAUGGACUUAAAACCAUUGACAACUUUUCACCAGACCUGGCUCUUGAUACGCUGUUCAUAAAAGAAGAUUAUAAGUUAAUUGCAGUCAAAUGUUCUGGUACAAACCUUAAAUUAUUAAUAAAUGAACGUGAAGAAGUUCAAUUAAAGGACUGGUUUAAGUCAAAGAUGUCACAACACCUAGAGGUUCGUACAGCAGAUGGAAUCAUUUUCAAUUUGCAAUCAAAUGUAAACAAAUGCAUGGAUAUAAAGCUUCCAAAGUCUGUUGAUUACAGAAAUAGGAUACCAGGACAGAUAAUGCUGAUGAAUCUCGGAGAAUUUGUUUCUGUGGAGAAAAUGUAUGGUUCUCCUGGUUUUGACAACAUGACAGGGAAUGAUAAAGGCAACUGGCUGGACCCCUUCACUGGGGGAGGGAUAAUGAUAGGUGGAGAAGGGAAUGAUACUUAUGUUGUAAAGCCAGAAUAUGGAACUCGUAUAGAGAUUGAUAACUUUGCAAAUGAUGAAAAGGAAGACACUGUGCUGUUUCAGGCAGAAUUUCUGAGCACUCCAUUCUUAGUUGAAGGGGAAAAUGAUGAUGUUAUAAUUUCAGCUAAAAAUAAAGGGCAAAACAUGAUGGUCAGGCUUCAUAAUUACAGAGCAGGACAAAAACACCAGCACUUAAGCUUCCAGAGUGCUGAUGGAGUGCAUUUCUGGGUGAGAUCUCCGAUUACUAAUCAGUCUGGAGUCCUUAUGGAUCCUUGGAUUGAGGCUUACAAAGUGAUUCUAAAAAACAAACAGUUGGACUGCUGUAUAGAUUUGAGUUCUCAGAAAAACCUAUCUACUGUCUACACAGUUCAGGGUUGCUCUUAUCAGUCCAAUCACAUUCAAGGAAAUGAUGAGGACAAUGCCCUGUUUGGUGGGAUGCUGCAUGAUAUUCUGGAUGGAGGUGAUGGGCAUGACAUUCUGAUUGGUGGACAGGGAAAUGACAUCUUGCUUGGGAACUCAGGAAAUGACACACUGUAUGGAGAAGAUGGAGAUGACACGAUGCUGGGAGGUUCAGGCUGGGACAGUUUUAUUCCAGGCCCAGGAGCAGACAUGAUAGAUGGAGGCCCAGGGCGAGACACUGUGCUCUAUCAGGGGGAUCAUAAAACAGGUGAAGGUGUUUACGUCAAUCUUCUGAGUGGAGAAGGCCACCAGGCCGACGCUGAGGGAGAUGUAUUGAAAGACUUGGAAAAUGUCAUUGGCACUAUUUACUCUGACAUCCUGGUCUCUGGCUAUGAACCUGCUAUUCUUAAAGGUUCAGAUGGAGAUGAUGUUCUUGUGUCUGUGGCAGAAGGGGACUACCUGAUUGGAGGAGAGGGAAGAGAUAUUUACUUUGUGGUUCCCCACCGUGGCUUGAUCACUAUUGACAACUGUGCAGAGGACAAUGCCAUGGACAUCUUAUACCUGCCUUCUGUGACAUAUGGUUCCCCUGAGUCCAAAGAGUCUUCUACAGGCAUGCACCUGAUAUUCCCCUUGUUUGAUAGCACUUUCAUGGAUAUAUUCAUUAAAGACUGGAUUAGUGAUGGCCACAAAUGUGGCCAUCUAACAGUAAUCAUGCCUGAGCAUGUGAUAGUGGAGGAAAAAAAGGGGGAGUACUCAGCAACUAAAAACAGAUGUGCUGGAUAAAAUGUAGAUAGCACAAAUACAAAAUAACAGUAAAUUGAGUUUUUAUAUUGAUACAUUGAUGAUUGCAUUUUAAAAGAUAUUUAACACAGAAAUAACCAUCAUAAUGUUUAUAAUAUAGUUUAGAGCUUAAAAUGACAUCAUUGUGACAUACUUGUCAAAAAGGCUGGACUCACUUUUGUGUCUGGCUCCUCUCAAGAUUUGUCUUAGUAAGUUUUUACUCACCACCCUCACCUCUGACUUGCUUGUUCAAGGUAAAUUGAAAUCUAAUACUGACAAUACUGGCAACAGAAACAGUUUCUUCAUCAUGCCCAUCCUGUAAAGAUAAUAAAGUACACUUUAUAAUA